UUCUACUAACAAAAAAGAAGAAAACCAAAAAAGAUGGUUAAAAAGGAUAAAAAUAAAAACAAAAAAGAGAAUACAACUACUAAAGAAGUGAAAAAAGAGGAAGUAAAUAAUGAAAAAGAACUGCAAGAAAAUGGAACUGAUAACAAUAAAGAAAACAAGUCUAAAGACAAUGAUGAAUUGAACAAAAUUGAUGAAAAUAAUGAUAAUAAUGUAAAGGAAGAAGGUAAGAAUAGUAAAGAUGAGAAGAAGAAAGCAAAACAAGACACAAAGCUUGAAAAAACUAAAAUUAAAAAUGAUAAUAAAGAAAAAGAUAAAAAUGAAAAGGAAGCGAAAAAAGUUAAAAAAAAGAAGCAUUCCAAACAGCAAAGUAUCGAUAACACGACUCAAAAAAAUGACAAAUUAAACGAAACUCAAAAAAGCAAUGAUGAAGAAAACGAAAAAAUUUAUACAAAAGCGGAACAAAAUAAAAGCGACGACAAUGAGAAAGAAGAAAAAGAGAAAGAGAGUAAUGCGAAGAAAAAAAAGAAAAAAACCAAUAAAUUAAUAAGAUACAUAAGAAGACUACCCAUGAAGCUGGUAAUAUCUAUUAUGAUUUGUGGCUACCUGGUAGGAGUGGCAAUUACAGUCCUUUUAUUUUUUCUAUCCGUUCAAAGUAAGACAAAUGAGAAAUUCAAAAAUAUGUGGAUAUUUUGCACGAUCGUUACUUUUAUAAUGCUUGUGCUCUGCUAUAGUCGGCAUGUUAGAUGCGUUGUAGUUUUAACUUUGCCAGUAAUAUUUAGUGCUAAGGGACGCUCUUUGGUUAUAGCUUUAGCAUUUAUUUUGGCUGCAACGGGCCCAAUAAGGAAUAUACUGAAAAACGUUGAAGUGUUGGCGGAUAGUUUAACAUGUGGUCAAAAUCAACUUAGAGAGGCUCUCACCAAUAUGCUAGAUAUUCUUAAGAGACCAUUGGUUGCUGUUAAGGAAGCUAUUCAAAAGGCUAUGGCUGAGGUGCGAAAAGUAAUGGAAAGAGUCAAAUUAGUUUUAGAACGAAUACAAUCAAUUUUAAUGCUACUUUUAGCGGGAAUCAAAAAUGCAUACAAUUGGCUCAAUAGUUUAGUAAGCGUGUGCAAUAAGGAGUUUGGUACACCUUUUGAUCGUUGUAUAAAAAUAGCCGAUGAUGCAAUGGCAGAUUGCAGAGACAAACUAGGUGUAUUAGACACUCUCUGCAAUUUCACAGAAUUAUUUCGCAUGCUUUGCUAUACAGUAAAGGUCAUCGAUGUUAUUUGCGUAUUCGUGGACUUCUUCAGUGAUCAAAUCAUCAAUUCCAUUUUAGAACGAUUAAAGCAAUUUUCAGAGGAAAUAAAGAAUAUGUUCGAUGUUUCGAUAACUUUUGAGCACGAUUUCUACUUUAAAACGGAAUCAUCGAAUGAUUUAAAAACUGUAAGCAAAAGAGUUGUCAAAGAAAUUCGUAGUCGCAUGAAUCCAAUAUUUUUAGCAAUGGGAUUUUUAGAUAUUAUUGGAAUCAUUUUAUUUUUUUUUAUUUUCAUCAAAGCAAUUUACUUUAGAUAUAAAUAUUUGAAUAAUGUUCGCUACAAAAAUGUUUAUAUAACUAAAGAUUUCAUUGAAAUCGAUGAGAAACGUAAGGAACAGAAGAGUAAGGAUCGAGCGCUGCCACUUGAUGUUCUUGAAAUGCCCAUCUAUGUUAAGAUUUUCAAUUUUCAAUUGACAGCUAACGAAAUUUUGAAUAUAUCUCAUUCCAUCGUAUUUCUAUUCAUCACAACUAUGCAACUAACUAUCAUUUGCGCCACUGACUAUUCCUUUUAUUGGUGCUUGGACCUCAUCGCUUAUUAUGGCGACAUAGAAGCUGAUUUGGAAGUGCCACCAUACAUAACUGUUGAUGUGAAGGGUGGUGGAGUAGCAGGUGACAUGUAUGGUGGAAUUGUACAUGCUUUCGAACCUAAUACACAAAACUAUACCAUUGAUUCUACAAGCUGCCUACCAAGGGCUAAAAUACCAAAUUUUAGACGUUAUCAACUAAUUGGUUUGCUCUGUGUGAUGGCCUGGAUUAUGCUAUUUACGCAACCCUAUGGUUUACGUUUACGACAUCUUGUAAUGCGUUACUAUUACCCGGAGGUAUCUCAACGUCGUGCUUUAUGGCUAUAUAAUCAUAUUUUACUUAAAAGAGAAACUAUUUUUAAAUUGGCAAGAAGAAAGGUGCGGACAAAAUUGCUCAACGAUAAAGUUUCUGAUAAUUUUACUUUUAUGGAUUGGUUAAGAGUGAAAGCAGAAAGUUACAUAUGUUGCAGUCUCUUAGUACGACUCUUAUGUGGAAAAAGAAAAGUUGAUCUGUGUUUAAUAUGUGCAAAAACUUUGCAAGGCUCUGACAAAGUGAAAUGUCCUAAAUUUCAAUGUCCUGGGCUUUACUGUAAGAAAUGUUAUACAAGCUCCAAUAGUUCUUGUUGCAUAUGUCAAAGUCCCUUCGAGUGUGGAGAUCAAAGCGAUUUAUCCCAAGAAGUAGACUCAUCCGAACUUGAUGAAGUACAUGUACCUGAAAGUGACCCAAUUUGCAAAAUCAAUCAUUAAAUGAAAAGAAUAUAUAUAUUCGGUUAUAAUAAAUCGUUUU